AUCAACACGGAAGACGUUUUAAGGCGCCAAUUUUGUGUCGUCGCUGAAACAGAAAUAGUUUUUUCGUGUUGUUUUUUUGUAGCUGGUAUUAAAAUUGCGACAAUGACAGAAAACACCUUCCCCGUCUAUGCUGUGGAUGCGAUAGUGAACUUUUACCGGACAGAAGUUCUCACGGGUCAAGAGGCGAAACAUUUCAACAAGAGCGACCUGACUCCUACUCCUAAGCCAGAGGCGGUUCAAACGUUGUACAUGAGAGUGUUGCAUCUCCUGUAUCGUUUCAGACCUGAGUGUCACUCCAUGCUUCCUCUUUUGGAGAACAUUCAGAAUCCAGUAUAUCAUGAGGGGACAACAGCUAUCAUGAGCGUCUAUAUGCGCAUGCGGCAGUUUCUGCCAAUGUGUUUGGUGUACGAUUUUUCACUGAAUGACCUUCUAGCGCCAAAAAAACAGAAGACUCUGACUGUUUUAAGUGCCAUAAUGAACUUUCUUCACUUCAGGAAGCAGAGGAUGGACAUCAUCUUGGACAAACAGGCCAAAUUUAGGGCAGACAUGGACAGGCUGCAGGCUUACACCAGAGGCAAUAUAGAGGCAGAGAAGAAGAUCGAGCUGCUGACGACCAUACCACCAGAGCAGCAGGCUGAGGCCGAUGAGCUGGCAGCUGCUCUUUCUGAGCUGCACGCUACCACCAUGCAUGAAUAUCAGGAAGUGAAUGCCAUAAAUGAAAGUAUCGCAGAAUGGAAAACCAAAAUUGCAGAGAAGACUCAGAAACUGGCCCAGGUUAAGGUGGAUGUUAGCAACCUGAAGGAAGACAUUGCAAAACUCAAGUCUCAGAUUGUGGAGUCUCCAGAGGAGCUGAAGAGUCAGAUGGAGAGGAUGAGGGAGAACGUCAAGAACAUAAAGAACUCCAUCGAAGAAGCAGAUGAGCGAGUGGUGGAGCUGCAGAACAUGGUGCAGAGUAUGACCCACACUGAGGCUGAGAUCCAGCAGAUGUACAACAUGCUGCAGGACCUGGAGAGCAGCAUGAACAACACCAAUCAGCGACAGGAGGAGCACCAGGAGCUCAUGGCUCAGUAUGAGAAGAAGCAGAAGGAGCUGAAAAACCUGUGCACUGAGGAAGGCCAGUUGAAGCGAGCUCUGGCCAUGAAGCUGGACAAAGAGUCUAAACAGAACAUCCGCAGGCAGAAGCAGAGAGAGAUGAAGGAGCAGCAUGUUCAAGACGUGCUGGGGCAGUGUAACCAAAUCCAUCAGAAGCGUGAGGAGAUGGCUGAAAAGAUCCAGGAGAUCUCUAGAGAGACACAGCAGUUGAAGGUUAAGAUCCAGAGCCUGAGAGACGUCUGCAGCAAAGAGACAGAGAAAGCUCAGGCUCUGUAUGACACUCUGUCAACUUCAAUGGAUGAGCUGCACAGGAGAAUUGAGAUGCACGUCAUGGACCUGAAACAAGACGUCACCAAGAUGUCUGCAAACUUUUAAUUGGAUCAUUUUGCAUGUUCAUCAUUAUAUUACUGUGUGGUAUUAUGGUUGUGUUUUUACUCCUCUUACCUGUUGUUGCCUUUGUAACCUUUGUUAUUUAAAAUGUUAAAGACAAAGUUAUAUAUCAGUUAAUAAAUCUGAUCAGUUCAGACCGUGUAGCUCAAA